AGUAUAUCCAAAUUCGCGCGUGUGUGUACCCUCAAGACGUUUAAAAGGUUAUUUUGUCCCUCAAAACUUAGGUUAUUUUGUGCGUUACUUACAGUACAGAAAUGACUGUUAUUUACGGAUUCUUCGCUCAGCAAUUGUUGGCAGUGGUUGCAAUUUUCUUCUUGACUCUGAUAUGUCGGUUUUACUGGAGUCACAGAAAGAUUUUGAGGGUUGCUAGAAGUUUGCAUCCGAUUCUACCAUCAUAUCCGCUAUUGGGACAUGGAUAUUUACUUUUUUCUGGCCUCGAUGCUAUGAUUAAUGCUGGAGUUAACGUUAUAAAAGACACACUAAAAGAAGGUGUUCAUAACAAGGGAGUGUUCUGGGCCGGACCUUAUCCGGUGUUCAUGGUUUCACAUCCGGAAGAUGCUCACAUUAUUCUCAACAAUUCUAAAUCAUUCGAAGGAGGUAUAGAAAAAUUGCUUCGAAAUUUCUUAGGAAAUGGACUAAUAACCGCACCUGCCAAGCUAUGGAAGACGACCAGACGGCAUGUGAACGUAAUGUUCCACCCUCGAAAUAUAGAUCGAAUGUUGCCGGUACUGAACGACAUUGGAAGAGAAAUCGCCUCCAAGCUGACUCACCACGUUAGUGCUGGACAAGUCGAUGUUGAGCCUCUAGUCUACCCUUUUGCACUAAAAAGCACCUGCAAACUGAUUUUUGGACCUGAAGCUGAAAUCAAUGUUGAGACCGAUAAAUUCAAGAAUGUCAUGAACGCCAUCACAGAUAUUUCACUCUUUACUUGUGAACGAUUUGUGAAACUUUGGCUAUGGCCGGAGUCCAUCUUUAAAACUCUCUGCAGUAAAAAAAUUAAGGAAAUAAAUGACAGCUGUGAUGAGUUCAUCAUUGAAGCUCUAGAGAAGAGCAGAAAACGUAGGAGUUCAUUAAGUACGACCCCUGACAAACAGCAGAUUGGUGACGGAGAAGAAAACGUGUCUGAUGGUCUAGAAACAAUAACAUUGCAAGAUACUUACAAAAGCCUCCAAAACCAUGUGCCAUCGGUCACAGAGAAAGAUCUCCACUACGAAAUAAGAAAUAUACUUUUAGGAGGUUCGGAAAGCACCAGAGUGACUCUAUCUUCUUGUCUCCUCGCAUUGGGCGCUCAUCCUGAUAUUCAGGAAAAGCUGUACAACGAAGUUAUGGCAGUCACAGGAUCGGAUAUAGGUAGUGACGUCACGCUGGAAGAUAUCCGAGACAUGCCUUACUUGGACCAGGUUUUGAAGGAAACACUCAGGAGGUUUAUAGUUGUUCCUAUAGCAUCUAGAACGGUCCAAGAGGAUAUACAGCUAAAGGGAUGGACGAUUCCUUCAGGAUCACUUGUGGCAGUUUUGCCAUUCGCUUGCCAUUACAACUCCAAUUACUACCCUGAUCCUGAUAAGUUUGACCCUGAUCGCUUCAGUCCUGAAAAUGUGGCAGCGAGAGACAGAUAUAGUUUCAUGCCGUUCAGCCUGGGCCCUCGUAACUGCAUUGGGAAAAACUACUCCAUGCUAGUUCUUAAGACCUUCUUAGUUCACAUUGUCAAGAGGUUCAAGUUUUCGACUACUGAAGACCUCACCUCUCUACCAGUGGCAGGAGGAGUCAUAACUGGACUUCUGAAUGGGUAUUGGGUCCAAAUAGAGCCCAGAAUACGAAAGUCGACUCCUCAAGAGUCUGUAGAAGGCCAUCCACUGCCAAAACCUUAUAUCUCACAGAUUCAUAACACCAGCAGAAGUGGGAAAUUCAUAGACUAGUUGUUCAUGGCCUGUGCUCAAAAUGUGUUCAAUAGUUUUAGAAAUUAUCCGAAAAAAUAUUGGCUAGUGAAAAGAGAUUUAUGAAAUUGUGAUAUCCUAAGUGUAAAAUAUUGUUAAUUCAUCACAAUCAAACUUCAUAGAGAGAGUAUUUAGUCGCAAAAAUGUUGGAAACCAACGCAUGGUCAAAACAGUGAGCGUAGCAAACAUAACAAAGGAAAGUUGUAAAACCAUUCUACAUUUUUGUGUGGAUAAACAUUUCAAUUGUUGUCAAGAGAACUUUACCCUACAUUGUUACCAUUAUAGAGUGUUUUUAGCUUUAAAUUAUACAAAAAUAAAUGUUAAUGUGUGUUAGUUCAUAAUUUAAUCUCAAACAUGUUGACAAUCUAUGUUAGAUUAAUAUUAGUGAAAUAAGCAAUGUUUUAUAUGUAGUCAUAUAUCAACAGUAUUACAUUUAAUGCCCAUGUUCAAAACUUUCCCAACGCUAACUCGUUGGAUAACUAUCAUUUAACAGACCUAAGGCCUGUGCAGCAGGCUACAAGCAGGAAAAUACGGCAAAGUAAGUUCAAGAAGGAUGUUUUAGAUAUAACAAGCUCAUAUAGUACUUUGCAUAAGCUUAUGUAUACGAGUAAGUUUUAGGAUAAAACUAACAUAUUUUUCAUCCAUAGACAGAUAGAAUGUGCAGAAGUAUAAAGUGGUAAAAUGACGAAAGCUGUUCAACUGUUGAUUCGAGGCGCAAUAUAAUGUUUAUAAUCGGUUUUCUGAACAUAUAGAUGCGGUAUAUUUUGUCAACUUUAACCUAAAGUAUUUUAGAGAAAUGUAUUUAAGUACAUUCACUCUUAAAAGAUAAUUUUAGGAAUAUAUCUGGUAUCAAGGUUAGGAAAAAAACAAACCUUUUAA